AUGAUGAGGCUGCGAGCCUUUGUCUCGUCAUCGCAAAAGUGGUGCCAAGGCAGAGUCUUUUCAGAAGUGCCAUCCACUGGAAACAGUAGGAGCAGUUGGAUAUGGCACCUUGAGACCCACGAGCAAGAAGAUCCUGUUACUGCAGCCGCCAGAGGCCUGCAAGCCCUCCAAGAAGGUCUAGCCGCCAGCAACAACAUAUGUCCUCCCCACCUUAUCAUUCUGCAACCCCAGGCACUAAAAUCCGUUGAUGAUUCGCUGCUCUACUUGCGAGAAGUCUUGCCCAUCGGAGCCAAGUUUCUGGAAGAGCACCCGUCGAUAGGAUCCUUUGGCCGAACCAACGCCCAUCAAAAGCCACUCGAUACCCACGUGGCUGGAAUUUGUCAGCACUUUCCACAUCAUUCCAUCGAGGAAUUAGCCUCCUUGUUGGAUGUAUAUCUGCCCACACGGUUAGCAUUGAGUACGGCAAAUCUCGGCACAACAGCUGCUCCCAAUGAGGAUGAUUGGGAAGCAGUCAUGGAGAAUACCGACUUGAUUCUCUGCGAGAAGGGCAAUGAUAAGCGCGUUGUAGAUCUUUGGAAAAAUGUUUGGGCCUCUCAACAAAUGGAUGAAUGCCAGGACACUUUUGCCAUUUGUUCCAACGCGGAGGAGAAAAUGGAGCUGGAUAGGAUCUUUCAUGAGUUUACGCAGCAAAAAGGUUGA